AUGUAUCCAAGAAACGUGUCUUGCUACUGGAGCCUGAAGCAGAAAUUCGUACCCACUUGCAAACAUGCUAUGAUUGCCGUGAGGCAAGAAGCAGCCCAUAAAAUGCACAUGAAACGGUCAAUUAAUGUGGCCGGCUUGAACAAAACUGCCAGAGCCUUGAGGGCUUGGAGAGAUUGCACUGGGGAACGUGACCAUUUAAUUUUCUAUGACGGAGGCUCCACCGAUGACCCAGUUUUGGCGAAGUAUUGUGGCGGAGAUUGGCUACCAAGGGUGGUUUCUCGAGGUCCGGAAAUGCUGGUUGCUUUUCAUUCUUCCCCGUACAGUAUUCCGCUGCAUUCCCCGCCAAGUCAGUCACCUCUUAAAGGCUUUGAGCUAGACGUUGAUAUAAUCUACGCUGAUUCCGAUUCCCUAGACUUCGCUCGGCAGAGGCAAAAGUGCGAAUUCGAUAUAAACGCAACUAGUCCCGAAAGUGACGAAAUAUGGACGGGUCGAGGUCGAAAAGGAAAGCUUAUCAGUCCCAGGCAUUCUCUUCCACCAAACACGACCUGCACGUAUAGAUUCCGAGGAUAUCCUGGGGAUACUGUAUGGCUUAGCUUUACCUCAUAUAGUCAGCGGCCUUUGCUUUUAAGCGAGAGCAGUCACGCUUUGAUGGGAAACAGCACAUUUGGAGGCGGUUGCCUCACACGCUUACUGAUUUGGGACAACCGAACGUUAAUAGAAGACAAAUGUGACGAACCUCCUCUUCUGUGCGAUCAUAGUGCUUUGAACAACUCCACCAGGGUUACCCGCCCAUGCACAAGGGCGGAGAGCUACAUGUCCACGGAAAAAGACUUGAUUUUGCAACAUCACACUGAGGAUGGAACCGCGUUACAUCCUGCUUCAUUUAAAAUUAAGUACGAAUUUGUAGAUACCCGCUUAGGAGGAGAACCUUGGCCAGAGAAGAAAAGUGUUGGCCCCUGCCAUCGUAGGUUCAAAAGACACCAUGUAGGAGAGAUAACUGGACCGAGAAAUGUGUUCCUGUUUGGGCGUGGAGGCAGAAAAGAUAUUCACUGUAUUUACCGCUUUGAAGCUGGAGCCAACGAACGGGUACAGCUAACAAUAAACAAUGCCUCGUUUGGACUCAAUCCGUCGUGUGAAACUCUUGCCGAUCCCCACAGUGGUCGGCAUAUUUGCGAAUAUUACGGAAACCCCAACAUUGCCGAAUUUGCCAUAUACGAAGUACCAUGGAAAGACAUCCAAAUAGCCAAAGCCUGUAUAUGCGACAACUCAACUCUCACAAAUAAGCCACUGGUUUUCCGUUCUUCGUCUAGGUUUUUAGAAUUGCACUUUCGAGCAAACGGGAUGAAGAUUACCGAAGAUUUUACGGUGCUGCACUUCCAUGCUCAAUUCGAGUUGGUUCGGCUAAGUGAUUGUCCACGAUAUCAGCGACUGACCGGGGACGGUGAGCCCGGGCGUCUGCCCAUGGCAGUGCAAGUAUUCAGCGAAGAGUGGAGAGGCGAAGGGUUGACACAUUUGGUCCAACGUCCUCCCCAGUUCGUAGUGGAAUGGAUCGGCGUAGAGCCAGCCAUCGCCGCCUUCAACUGGUUGGAAAUAUCCAGAUCAAGGCAUUCCCUCCUCACUCAGCUGCAAGUGCCAGUUAAUGCGAGUUCCAACGAUACCGAUUUGGAGUGUGCGCACAAGUGUCCGGAGCUCGACGCGUGCAUUAGUCCGUUUCUUUGGUGCGACGGCAAAGACAAUUGUCCUUCCGGCUAUGAUGAGGCGGAAGCCCA